AGUCGCGAAUAGUACUCGAACCGACGGACGAUUCAUCAAGUUGGGCACGAUCAGCCGGCCGACUGCAAUUGAGCGUGCUCCGAAAGUCGCCGAACCAACCGAGUGAGAAUGAAAUCCGAGGCGCUGUAUUAAUGAAGUAUUCGACUCGGUGGAAACCGAACUGAGCUUGCUCGAGUUCACAAAAAGCAGCUCGAGUUGACACGUGGGAGUAACUCUAGUUAAAUAACUCGACCCACCCAUCGCUCGCGACUCGAGCGUGCUCCGAAGAUCGCCGAACCGAACCGAGUGAAAUUUGCGCAUUGCUCUGUAUGAAUGAAGUAUUCGGGUUCAGAAAAAAGUAACUCGAAUUGACUCGUUCUGAGAGUAACUCGAGUUGAUCGAGUUAAAUAACUCGACUCGCCCAUCGCUAGUAGCACAGUCGUACAGUGUUUUGUGACUUUGACAGGUCACCAACAAGCAUAGUUAAUUUACGUAAAGUACUUAUUAAACAAAGUACUCACUCUGUGUUUCUAUCCAUCUUGGUCCAGGAUGUUAUACAGUACAUUCUAAUUUGUUUUGCGUUUCUCUAGAAAUACAGAAUGUUAAAAAUAUGGAAUCGCGUGUACAUUUAGUUCCAACGUCUCGUCAGUAACAACUGUCGUUAAAUUAUUAUAUUAGCCAUCUGAUAAGCCAAUUUGUGACUAUGCAACGUUGGUUUUUCUUAGACGAUAGAAAAAAACAGAAAAUAAAAUCUCAAGAAAAAAUGACAACGAAGACAGAAGCCAAACCCGAUGCAGAAUUAGCUUCACAACCAUGGUUGUUUACGGUGAUUGUGCCAGAAUUGGCGACACAAGAACAAGUGUUUAUAACAGGAAAUACUCCAGAACUUGGCAUGUGGGACCACACUCGUGUGGUGUUUCUCGAACAAGAACAGGGCACGGAAAAGUGGUCGAAAUCUAUCACAAUUCCAAAUACUUGCGAUGUUUAUUAUCGAUACGGCAUUUGCACGGUGAUUGAAGAUAAGUGUAACGUGGUCUUAGUACAUCGCUGGGAAACCAGUUUAAAACCAAGAAUCCUCAAGCAUACUAUGCUGCACCCUAUCACAGAUGUGUUCGGCGACAUCGAGUGCAACGGCGUUCUGAAAGUGACGAGAGGCUGGCUCACUGCACAAACACUGCUGCAGUUCAAGUUCAUUAACAAUCCACUGAAGCUAAAGAGCCGAAUGGCUGGCAAAAACAUGUAUAUAAAAGUAACACCAGUAAAGCUGUCUUUUGGUGGGGAAACAGAACCCCAUGUUGAGGAAUCUUCUCAAAGCAUUGACAGUGUAGAUUCUGAAUUGCCAUCAGGAACAUCAGUGGAAGUGGCUACAUUGGAUAAUGACACUGCCUUAUGUACUUUACAUCCUCAGGAACAAUUUGGGAGAGAGUACAAGCCCAAUGAUGUGUUGCUUAUAAAUGUUACCAUACCAGAUAUGAAAGCUCUUGCCUAUUUAAUAGAUCUAUACUCAUACAGCAGCCGUGCUGCUUUUGAUGACCCACCCUGUCAUAUAGGCUAUACUUAUGUGCUGCCUAAUAUGUUCCAACCAUCUGAAGGUUCUCUGGAAUUGCCUGUCACUUGUAAUGUGAAACAUCGCCCACUUGGUACUAUAAAAAUUCAAUAUCUGAUUGCCCGACCAAUGAAUCCCAAUCUAUGUGACUUGGAAGUGUCCUACAGCAAGUACUGGAACCCUACCAGGACGGGUCUGGAAGUUGGACAUCGAGGGCUGGGAGCAAGCUUCAAAACAAAGGAAGGAAAUGCUAUUCGUGAAAAUACAGUAGCGUCCCUUAAAAAGGCAGCUGCUAGUGGUGCAGACUAUCUUGAAUUCGAUGUUCAGCUAAGCAAAGACAUGAUACCAGUUAUUUAUCAUGAUUACACUGUGUGUAUAUCUAUGAAAAGAAAGAAGGAAGUUGACUUCUCUGAAAUGCUAGAAUUGCCCGUAAAGGACUUGACCUUGGAACAUCUACAGAAGCUGAAGGUAUACCAUUUGCUAGAGAGUCGUAAUCAUGAAAUAUUGUUUGACGAUGAAGACCUGGAGGAGCACCAACCUUUUCCUACUCUAGAAAUCCUGAUGUCGUCUAUCAACAUUCAUGUUGGCUUUAAUGUGGAGCUCAAGUGGAACAUGGAGCUGCAUGAUGGAUCAUUUGAACUUAACAAUCCCUUUGAUAUGAAUACUUAUGUUGAUAAGGUUUUAGAAGUAGUCCUAAAACACGCAGGACGCCGCCGCAUAGUAUUUUCAUGUUUCAACCCAGAUAUUUGCACCUUGGUCAGAAACAAGCAGAAUAGGUAUCCAGUUAUGUUUUUGACACAGGGUGUCACAAAUAAGUACCAGCCUUAUAGGGACCCCAGGUGCGCAUCAAUCGAGGCCGCUGUACAAAGUGCGAUUAGUUCUGACAUUCUGGGAAUUGUCGUCCAUACUGAGGACUUGCUGAGAGAUCCUACUCAGGUAAAACUAGCGACAGACGCCGGGCUAGUGAUCUUCUGUUGGGGCGAUGAUAACAACGACAAGAAGACUAUCAAAAAACUGAAAGCGAUGGGACUACAUGCUGUGAUUUACGACAAAUUAGAUGAAUACACUACAAAGGACGUCAAGGAAAGCGUAUUCCUAGUGGAGGCUCGAGAAUCGGAGCGGGAGCUCAUGCGGCUGACCGCCUUGAACGAGUCCGCGAUAAAUCUCUCCGGGAGCAGAAGCAGUCUCGCUUCGUCGGCCGCUCUAGAGCAGGCCACUGCCCCUCCGCCGUUCCUCGAUCUCGCUGUUCGGCAUAAGCUACAGGCCAACCGCUCUACCGUUACCACCCUCGAAUCACUUGCCUCUUCCAUCGAAGACUUUGACAGAAAUUUAAAACGCAAUCGCGAUAUAAUUUCGAGGGUCGAUAAAGAGUCUCAGGUAAAAGAGCACACGAACAGUUUCAAAGGGCUUUUCUCUUUCGGAGACUGCAAGGACUCUUCCAAGAAGUCGCGCAACAAUUAGUACCCACCUAAUUUACACUUUCAAAUAGCAGAUUACUAAAUUAUUUUGUAAAAUAUUAUUUGCUUUUUAUUAUUACUAUAUAUUUUGCUACGCGUUAUUGCUAUUUUACUUCUACCUACAGUAUUAAUUUUAUUUAUAUUGGAGAUCGGAAUAGUAUAUUUUAUUUUUAUUACACUGCAUAUUUAUCUAAACUUCAAGCUACACAUAAAACGGAUAAUACCUGCAUCUAAAAUCGUUUAAUGGGUAAAAAUAAAAGCAGUCAACAUUUUCACAAAUAAAUUACACAUUUUUUCUACUAACACUACAGCAGUAAAUUAAUUGCUAGUUACACACAUAGAUAUAGGAAACACUAAUAAUAUAAAACAAAAUACAACACAAUAAUUCCGGGAUUUCAGAGGAAGGUAUUGUCCACUUAAUGUGCAUCAUUUCCUUGAAGUCUAGGUAGGAACAUAUAUUAUACUGUCUAUUCCAAUCUCUUAUUAGAUAGAUUGUUGUAUAAUUGACAACCACCUAGUUACCACCAAGUUACUCUUUAAUUUUAUUUUGUGUUAAAAUUAAACUUUUUAAUUAUUUUAGU